GAAGAUUCUACAAUAGGAAUUUUUCCCUCAUUGUGCUUCAAGUUUAUGUGAUAUGGUUUUCGAAGAUGAUUGGCAAGACUAAUUGUGUGAAUGGACUCUAUUCCUUACCGUCUUCACCAAAUACUCUUGGUUCCAAGCAGAUUACUAAAUCACAAGAAUUUUCAGCCUUGGUGUGUCCGACCACAACUGAUAUUUGGCAUAAGCGUUUGGGGCAUACUUCUUCUACUAGGCUUACCUUUACAGCUUUCUAAUAAUUCAUCUUCUACUGUUUGUCAUACAUGCCCAUUGGCUAAGUAGCAUCACCUUUCAUUUACUGCUAAUAAUCAUGUUUCUGAUGCUAUUUUUGACUUGAUAUAUUGUGAUGUUUGGGGUCCUUUUAAUACCCCUACUGCUGCUGGAUAUACAUAUUUCUUAACAUUGGUCGAUGAUUGCUCUCGGUUUACUUGGGUAUAUCUCAUGCGACAAAAAUCUGAUGCUCUAACUAUAAUACCUCGGCUUUUAAAGCUCAUUGAAACACAGUUCUCCAAAGUGAUUCAGUGUUUUCAUUUUGAUAAUACCCCGGAGCUUCAUUUUACUGAGUUUUUUUGCAUCUAAAGGGACUUUACAUCAGUUUUAUUGUGUUAAUCGACCACAACAAAAAUUCUGUUGUCGAACGUAAGCAUCAACAUCUGCUCAAUGUUGCUCGGGCUCUCUUUUUUCAAUCCAGAGUCCCUUUAUCUUUUUGGGGCGAUUGUGUUCUUACUGCACCAUAUUUGAUUAAUCGCACUCCUAUGUCAUUGCUUGCUAAUACAUCUCCUUGUGCUGUUUUAUUUGGCUGAGAAUUUAAUUAUACUUCUAUUCGGGUUUUUGGGUGCCUUGCUUAUGCUUCCACAUUACCUUUACACUGUACAAAAUUUGAUCUAAUAGCUCGUCCAUGCGUUUUUUUGGGUUAUCCAGCUGGCAUUAAAGACUACAGGUUAUAUGAUAUUACUAAGAUACAGAUAUUUGUUUCCCGGGAUGUCAUCUUCUUUGAACAUUUGCUUCCAUUUCAUACUUUGGAUUCUACUGUUGAACCUGUUAUUGCUGAUUUUUUGUCCAAUUUUGUCUUACCCACUGCAUCAUCAGACUUGCUUUCUAAUGGUCCUUCAUUGGGUGAUCAGUUUUUUCCAGCAGAUAUUAACCCUUCUGAUGGUGUUUUUCCCCGCCUAUAGCUGAUAUGUUUUCUGAGUUACAGCCCAAUAUGCCUCCUGAUAUGCAUAACGUGUUCAAUGUUGCUCAUCCUAUGCCCAUUGACACACGUGAUGUGCCCUCUGUCGUGCCUUCUGAUGUGAACAAUACAUCUGUUGCUAUGCCUAUUGAUGUUGCUAUGCCUACUGAUGUGCCUAUGGAUGUUAUGAACCAAUCUACUGCACCAUUAUCUCAUCUGCAAUAUGAUUUUUUGACUGCACCAAUUGAUUCGUUUCAUUCUGAUCUACCAGAUACAUCUCUUUCUCACAGACCACAACGUACACGACGCCCUCCUUCAUACUUGAAGGAUUUUUACUGCAACCUUCUCAAAGAAGAGUCUUCUUCUGAAUUCCCGGUUUUGCAAUCUGGUGCUCCUUAUUCGUUGAAGAAUUUUGUGUCUUAUAACAAUCUUUCUUCUACUCAUCGACGAUAUGUUCUUAAUAUCUCCACUGAAUUUAACCAGUCUAUUUUCAUCAAGCUGUCAAAUUUCCGCAAUGGAGGAAGACCAUGGAUGAUGAAAUUGCUGCCAUGGAGCGGAUAAACACUUGGUCUGUUAUUGUUAUUCCUCUCCCUUCUGGUCAGCAUGCGAUUGGAUGCAAAUGGGUGUAUCGUGUCAAAUACAAAGCUGAUGGUACUAUGGAUCGUUUCAAGGCAAGAUUGGUGGCUAAAGACUACAAUCAAUAGGAAGGUAUUGAUUUUGUAGACACAUUCUCUCCUGUUGCCAAGAUUGUAACUGUCAAAGUUUUGUUAACAUUGUCUGCAUCUUAUGGUUGACCUAUUGUUAAAAUUGAUGUUAAUAACGCUUUUCUGAAUGAAGAUUUAU